AAUUAAUAAUGGUGUUUCUUUAUGGUCCUUGAGUCUUCUCUGUCUUGUUCCUGCUAAAUCUUUUUAAACACAGUUAAAUUGAAGUAAGUGAGUGAUUACAGCGCUUGUUGCUUGUGUAUUUGUGCUUUUGUAUUUUGAAAUAAACCCAAUUAUCAAAUUUACGGGGAAAAUGAGUGACUCUGAAAUUAAUUCUCCAAUUUCUCCAUUGUGUAGUCUUCCUGUAAAUUCUUGUUUUAUAUAAUUUGAGAAUUUCUUUCCUCAUUAUGUGAAAUGUUAAAAGGACAGGCUUGAUUGUGUAUCGUUUUCUGUGUAUUUUAAAGCAAUAGCAAGGUAAUCUUUAAACCAUAUGAAAAUCUCUUUGUUAUGCAAAACAGCUUAAGAUUUUCGUUCUUCUUAAGUAUUUUCUCUUUAAAACCGAUAGCAUUGACACUUCCAACUGUGCAUUCAGUUUUCUAGUACCUCACAAGGAUAACUUUAUUUUGGGACUAAAUUUUGUGCACAACUUCUAAAAUGCUCUUCAUACUGAGAAGGUCCAUUCUAAGUUUGACAUCUUAUUCACAAAAUGAAUAAUUCCAUCAUGAUGUUGGCCUAUAGCGACUGUACUAUUUUUUAAGUUUUCUUUUAAAAUUAUGAAUGUCCAUUCUCUUCACUAUGCUUUUAGUAUGAAUUAUAAACCUGAAUCUAUUCAGAAGUCAGAGAGAACCAGACGGACACGGCAACAAAAAAGCAGAAAUAGUCCAAAUUCAAAACUUCUCAAUGCUGCAUGGCCUAAAGCUCCAUCGGUACCCAUACGAAGUAGUCAAAUAAAAGCAGUGGAUCAUGAUGAGUUCAAAAAGUCUUGGAGUCAUUGGCGCCAACAUGCUGUUGUUCCAGGAGGGGAGAGUUCAAUUGAAGACAUGGAUGUUGACACAAUACCUAAUGAAGAUUCAUCCCAAAAAAACACAAAGACAUCCCCUUUUAAAAAUAUUUUACCAGCAUGUCAUUCAAAAUCAAUGAGUUCAAUACGGGAUAAAUCUUCUGAUAAAGAGAAAAAUACUUUGUUUGUAAAAUCAUCUUUCUCUGCUGAAGACAACAGGCAAAAACUUCGUGCUAGACGUGUCACUGAUAGUCAAACAAUUUCUUCAAGUACUACACAACGGUCAACAGGAAGUGAAAAUAAAUCGGAUAAUGAGGAAGCAGCAGUUUCAAAAGAUCAAACCAACCUGCAAAAAAGCAGCUCCAAUACAAAACAGAACAAGGAGAACAAGGCUUUGUUUAUAAUUAUACACGUUAACAAAGUGGAGAUUGGUAAUGUUUGUGGACCAGCUACGUCUCCAGUGCGGGUGUAUGCUGAUAAGUUUAUGGUUCAGAUGGAGAAUGAAAAUUUGAAAAAAGAUGUUAGUUUUCGAGUACCUUGCAAACGCAUCACUUCUUUGCAGAUAUCUCUAAAAGAAAAGCCUUUUAUCAUAAAGUUUGAAUCAACUGAAAUUCAAUACAUCAAGGGUGGAAAUUCUGCACGGAAAUCUAAAGGUGGACAAGAACCAGAAAGUAUUACACUUCAUCUGGCGUAUGAAGAAAGCGUUCCACUGGAUGUGCAAGAUGAUCUUAAAGAAUUAUUUCAGGUCAGAUUAUCUGAACAAAACUUGUGGGUAAGCGAGAAAGAAAAAAGCGGCCCAUCAAAUAGCGAUGAAAGCAAGAAACGUGAAAAGUCCGUAAACACCAACGCAAAACAAUCGGAAAAGUUGAAAGCUGAGGAAGACGAUAAAUCAUCGAAAGAAUAUGUUUUAAAGAAAAAUAUCUCUGCUACACAUGCUUCCGUUAGAAAAAGAACGCCGAAAGUUGAUCAAGAGAAAGAAGAAGCUAUCAACUCCAAUAAUUGCAAAUUUCCUCGACGAACUAAUCAGGAAUUACACGACGCUUUGGAGGAACAAGUAAAGACGUUAACACACGAAGCGGCGCACUAUCAAAUGUUGUCGGCACAACAAAGAAUGAUAAUACAGUCCUUAGAGGAAGACGUGCGUCAAAAAACACGGCAAUCGGAAGGCGUGGCCGCUGAAAGAUCGCGUGAAAAGGAGGGCGCGACCAAGUUGUUACAAGACAAAGACGUGGAGAAAGAGCAGGUAUUAGCGCAACUAGAAAUUGAAAGAGAACUAAUUUCAAAUCUUGAAAAUCAGUUAGAGGCUGCGCAAAAUGAACUGCGUGAGAAAUCUCGACAGUUACAGGAGAGAGAGGAUAGUUUGAAAGUUCGAGACGAGACAAUUCAACAACUACGUUCGACAAUGAGACGUCACUCAUUGGACGACAAAACUAAAGAGCCUAGCGUCCCAACAGUUCCUCUGUCGGUGAUGGAAGAAACGAGACACCAUUUGAUGCAAAUGCAAGUUUCGAAAGAACAUCUAACUGUCGAACUUCAACAAAUUCGACAAGAUCUAUCGCGAAAAUGCUCGGAGGUUGACAACUUAAGACUACAACUACGUGAAAGUCAACGUGAGAUUCGUAUGAAAACUGAGAGUUUGACGCGACUUCGCACUGACUUUAUAACAUCUCAAGAAGACCUAGUGACAAAGAGCGAACAAGUUAGAUCUCUUAAUGCGCAACUGGUAGAAACAAGAGGCCGAAGUGAGCAAGAGUCGGAGCAGAGUAGAGAGCUAGCUAGCACAAAGGCGGAGCUUGAUCUUGUAAAAUUAGAGUUGACAGAAGUUAGAACUCGCUUAAACGAAAACAGAGAAAUCAUGAAUGAAAGGCAAAACGCCUUAAGAGACUGGAUACUAGGGCGAGGUGAAAUAUCAUUAACAGAACGAAUAAUAGGGGUGGGCGCUUGGGGGAAUGUCAAAGUUGGAAAAUUUAGAGGCACUGAAGUUGCUGUUAAACAAAUUCAUUUGUUGAUUUUGUCGAGUCACAAUCGUCGACUAUUUGAACGCGAAAUGGCGAUAGCAUCACGUUGCCGCCAUCCAUGUCUUGUUCAAUUCAUUGGCGCAACAAACGACGACGGCACGCCGUUAUUUGUGAUGGAACUUCUUGAGAUCGAUCUACGAAGUCUGUUAUCGCGGGAAUCUUUGACAAAUCACGAUUGUUUACAAUUGGGAUUCGACACGAUACGUGCAUUAAAUUAUCUUCACCAAUCGAAACCCGUUCCUAUUAUUCAUCGCGACCUUAGCAGUUCAAACAUUCUAUUGUAUUGUGGAAAAACUGGAUGGAGAGGAAAACUGUCAGAUUAUGGUGCGGCUAACUUCAUGCGAUUGUCAAUGACACGGCAUCCGGGAGCAACACUUUAUUCUGCACCUGAAGCAAGCACUAACGAUCAGACGACGAAACUUGACGUUUACAGUUUUGGUGUAUUAUUUUGUGAAAUGUGUACACGGGAACUUCCAGUACCGGAAAAUCGUCAAGAACAGGUUGAUAUGGUAACUAACACAGAGUAUAAAAACCUUAUAAAGAACUGCUUGAGAAGAAGCAUUGAAAACAGGUUAAACAGUCAGGAGGUUUUGUUGGUUUUUGAACAAUGGAUGUCUCGUUUAGAUUCUUCUAGAAAAGCUGACAAAUAGACUCCGCUUUAACUUUGAUUUAUUCUCAAGGCGGUUGCGUCUCUUUUGGUUUUCACAGAAAGUUUAAGUACCGUAAGCGACAAUGUUAACGCCCUGGCCGUAUAAUAGAUAAAAUAUUUUGUUUACUUUGGUAACCUAUUGAAAUCGGAUUUAGACUAUUCGAUGUUUGUUCUGAGUAUCAAACUUAAUUUGGUGAUGAUCUAAAUGAUUUAGCAAAUAACUCUGGGCGCUUAUUUGGGAAGGGUUGCUUUUUUGAGUUUUUCAAUGUUACUACUACCUUGUUGAUUAAUUUCGGUGAAUUUCGCGAAUUUUAACGACGUCCGCGAAAAUGUGUCUGAGCGAAAAUUUGCGGAAAGAAGUUCCUAGAAAAUUCUACUCGUUUAAAAUAAUAGUCGCGGAUUUUUUUCUCUCUUGGUUUUCUUAGUAAUUUUUCUUUUUUGUACCUGAUAAUAAUGGUACCUCAAUAAAUAGGUCUAAAGAUGUGAAAAAGCGCUAGUAGAUUCGCAAAAAUAAUCUGCGCAAAAACCUUAAAAGGUUUAUUUGCGAAAAAAAAUUCACAAAAGAUCUCAACCUUACGGAUUCGUGAAAAUUAUAUGUUCUGAAUUUAUUGCGAGACAAAUAUUUAAAUGAGUUCACGCGUCUGUUAUCUGAGAUUCCAAAGACGUGUUGUGAUAUGAUUUAAUUAUUAUUUUAUGAGCAAAUUUUUAAUUGUGACAGUUCGCUGUGAACUUAUUUCAUAUUAUUUGUACAUUUAUGGAGUGAAAUCUAUACGUAGCGGAUAAAAAACUCUGAAAAGAAAUUCUGCAUUGAAAAAUGUUUUUGAAGAUGUUAUAAAGUGGUCAGCAUAAAUAUAUGUUUUUUGAAUAUCUUGCAUCUCAAAUAAGUUACACAAAAUUAAAACGUUUUCGUAGUGCGGACAUAUGAUCUGGACAUUUCAAAGUUUGAUGGCUGAAUAGUAAUGUAUUGUCAGCAUUUUUUAAAACCAUCAUCAUCAGUUCUUUGAUGUCAAAUAUCCAAAUUUUAAAUAAUUUUUUGAAGAGUUUUCAAAAAAUUCCAGAAGGCUCAGUAAAUAAUUUUUAUCCUCUUCUAUGCAAUAAUCUCUUUUUCACGCGCGAAUUACUUCAAUAAUAUCAUUGCGUGUUAAGAAGUAAUUUAAUCAAACCACUUGUUUUUAUGUUCGUAUGUUUUUUUUAUUUCCAACAUUGAUCAACACGAUCGCACCUGGAGAUUAAGACAUUAAGAAAUAUUUUUAUGUUGAAUUUUAUACUGAAGUCAAAUGAACAAUACCUUUGUAGUAUGUUUCUCAAUUUUAUUGCGUAAAUUUUAUGAUGCUUGCAGGACACAUUGUGUGACGUCUACUUCAGUAUUAUUGUCAUCUCUAAAGGCAUCCUUGAGGACGACUUAGUAAGGUCAUUAAAAAGCCUUUAUAUUUUAUAGCUGUUUUAUAAGACUCACAAAUAAUGUUGUUUUUAUUUCGUGAGCAGGUCAAGGUGACUUUUUUGGCAUAAAUAGGAUUGUUCCACUUUAAAUGUGGGUUCCAGUCCUAAUCUUUUAACAGGAGAGAAGUCUUGGAGGAAAAAAAAAGAACUUGAAACAAAGUCGAUUUUGGCUGCAAUUUUUGGUAUUCCUUUUGACAAACUGGAAAGAAACAUACCUGUUGUUACUAACAUUUGCCUUGAGUACUUAAUUUUACGGUAGCGUGAUUUUAAAACAUCUGUUGAAGAAUUAAUUUAGGGAAGGAGAAGAACAGAAUAGAGUUGUCUUUUUUUGGGAUCCGUUUGCAUUUAAUUUUGCUAAAUUAAAAUAAGAAAAUUUUAUCGAAAAGCUUCUUGCUCAGUUUUAAUUAGUUUCUGUACUCUAUCCUACGUUUAUCUUAGGAGAUUUAUUUAAGAACAAAUUUAGUUCCAAAGUGUAUUAGAAUUUAUAUAUUUAUAUAUUUACGGAGUGUAAAUUUGAAUAUAUUUGAUUGAAGAUACUGUUGAAACUAGAUGUUUUUAUUUAAUUAUUUUCGUUCUUAUUGAAAUUUUUAGGC